UCAUGAUUCUCUCCUUGCCUGAAUAUUUUCUGAAUUUGAGUAUGAUAUGCCUUUUUUUUUUUUUUUUUGAUUCUAAUGGGAGUCCUCUGUGCUUCCUGAAUUUUGAUGUCUGAGUCUUUCCCCAGGUUAGGAAAGUUUUCUGCUGUGAUUUGCUCACAUAACCCUUCUACCCUUAUUUCUCUCUCUUCCUCUUCUGGGACCCCUAUGAUUCUGAUGUUUUUCCUUUUUAAUGAGUCACUGAUUUGUCUAACUCUUAAAUCGUGCUCUUUUUCCUUAAUCUCCCUCUUUUUUCCUGCUUCAUUAUUCUCUAUAAGUUUGUCCUCUAUAUCGCUGAUUCUCUCUUCUGCCUCAUCCAUCCUUGCCACCGUGGCAUCCAUCUGUGAUUGCAGCUCAGUUAUAGCAUUUUUAAUUUCAUUCUGGCUAUUUUUGACUUCUUUUAUCUCUGCAGAAAGGGAUUCUAAUCUAUUUUCGACUCCAGCUGGUAUUCUUAUUAUCGUGAUUCUAAAUUCUGGUUCAGACAUCUUGCUUGUAUCUGUGUUGGUUAAAUCCCUGGCUGUCGUUUCUUCGUGCUUUUUCUUCUGGGGUGAAUUCCUUUGUUUUGUAAUUUUGAAGGGAGAAAAGGAAAUAAUGAGGUAGAAAAAUUGAAAUUAAAAAAAUUAAAAUUAAAAAUAUGUUAAAAUUAAAAAUUAAAAACACACACACACAAAUCGAAUAGAUGAUGCUCGAUCCUAGGUGUGUUUUGGUCUGGGUGUUGAAAGUGGUUUGACAGAUUAGAGGAAAAAAAAGGGGGGGGGAAGAAAAAAAAAGGAAAUCCUUUGAGAAUUUGUAAAAAUGAAUACACUGAUGUAGACUAAAAUGAGGUGAUGGGAGUAAAAUAGAAUUUGAAAAAAUAUACACAAAAGUAAAGAAUAUAGUGGAAAAAAAUUAAAGAAAAAUAUUUUAAAGAAAAAUUAAAAAUAAACAUGAAUUGUUUCUUUUUCUGUAGUCAAGAAGAAAAGAAACAAAAAAGGGAAAAAAGAUAAAGAAAAAAAGGAAAUCAUUUGAAAAUUUGAAAAAGUGAAUACACUGUAGUAGACUGAAAUAAAAUGAUGGAAGUAAAAUGGAAUUUGAAAAAAUUUACAUAAAAGCAAAAAAUACAGUAGUAAAAAUUAAAUAAAAAUAUUGUUGAUAGAAAUUGAAAGUAAAAACGAAGUUUUUCUCUUUCUGGAUUCAAGAAAAAAAUGAAAAAGAAAAAAGAAAAAGAAAAAAAAGGAAAUCAUUUGAAAAUUUGAAAAGGUGAAUACACUGUAGUAGACUAAAAUAAAAUGAUGGAAGUAAAAUGGAAUUUGAAAAAAUUUACAUAAAAGCAAAAAAUACAGUAAAAAAUGAAAGAAAAAUAUUUUUAAUAAAAAUUGAAAAUAAAAAUGAAUUUUUUCUUUCUGUAUUCAAGAAAAAGGAAAGAAGUGUAAAAGAGAAAAAUAAAGAAAAUUGAAUAGAUGGACCCGCUAACAGAUUGAAGAAGGACUGAAAUUACUUCGUGUUCUCUAGAAGUCAAUCUAUGUAGCGCCUUAUAGGUCAUAAACUAAGCCGGCGGUGAGACUUGUGUUCUUGAAGAGCGAGGUUGGCCCAGUUGGCCGGGGCUCAGUGUAACGGCUCCGCUCUCCACUAGAUGGCGCUGCUAGCUUCCUGGGGUGGAGUGUUACCGCGCUCGAAGGUGCGUAUGCGCCUGCGCGGGAGCGGUCAAAAUGGCGUCACCAGCUACCCGGUCUGUUCUCCCGGAUCAGCAAUGGCGCUCUCGUCCUCCGUCUUCAGCUCUCGUCCGCUCCCCGCUUUUCCACUCUCCGUGACCAGGCCCCAGGCCGUACCUCGCUCCCGAGUUUUGCCUCGGACGCGGCUGUUUUCCCCGGCCCCUUACUCCCGAAGGACUGCGGCCCUGACCCGCUCCGCCCCUCCGCGGGAGGGUCUCACCGAGCUACGGCGGAAUGUCGGCUGCAGCCAGGAACGCCCGCUGGACCCUGCUGCUGCCGGUGCCCCGAGACUGCGGCCCGAGGCCAGCCCGCCCCAGAAAAAGUUGGCGAGACAGUCUAGCAGCAGCGUUUCGGGGAUGGUGGAAAAUCGCCACACACGUCUGGCCCCAGGCUUCACCCUCCACGACCUUGUUCCAGCACCGGCGAACGUGGCCGCCUUCCGGGGUCUGCCGGGACCAGGUGGCUUCCACAGUCUCCACCAAAUGUCCUUCCGGCAGCGGAACCGCCUUUCCUCGUGUGGCCCGAGCACCUCCCGGACCCCACUCUGUUCCUGGGGAUUCGCCCUUCCCACCAGAGCACCGCCAGCUUCUUCCCCGGAAGAGUCGGGCGUCCUGUUCCUCAGUUUCCCAUUCGCCCUCCCACGUGCACCGUCCUCACCUAAGAAGUGCGAGAAGUGACUGUCGGGCUCAUGUGUGAGUCUUUCUGGGAAGUCUGUCCUUCCCUCUUCUUCCCCUUCCUUGCUCCCCUCCUUCCUUUCAUCCUGCUCUCUCUCCACCACUCGCUUCUGCCUUCUCUUCUCACUGUCUCUUCUGUUUCUUCCCCAAAUACCCAUGAAACUUCCACUGUGACAGUCGCUGCAAAAAUAAAGGGACUCCUGCCCUUAUUCAAGUUCAUACUCUAGACAGACAUCCAUCAAGCCAUUAAACAAAGAAAUGCAGGAGUGCGAAUGGCGUGGGGAGAGCUUCGUGGGGCUACCAGAGUGUGUAAGAGCGGAUUUACCUGGGAGGAGAGGUCCGCGAGGCUUGGCUUGGGCUCGGGAUCUGAAGGAUGAAGGAGAGUCGGCCGUGAAGGUCAUCCCAGAGGGAAGGAAGGGUGUGGAGCCCCGGCGGGGGUGGUGCACGGGGAUGAGGGUUGAAAGAAGGCCACGUGUGGUGGGGACGGGGUGAUGCUGAGGUCAGAGGGGGGCCAUGCUGUGUAGGUUUGAGUUUCGUCUCUACCCAGAGGGUGAUGAGAAGCAGGAGAGGAUAAGCCCAUUUUGUGUUCUAGAAAGAUCCUCUAGCUGCAGCCUGAAGAGAAUACAAAGAGAGGAGGAGAGACUGUUCUAGAAACAUCAUAAUAGCACAGGUAAGAGUUGGUGCUGGAGGAGAAGAGGUGACCAAUUCAAGAGCUAUUUAGGAAGUAAAAUCCAGAACCCAGUGCAAGGUGCAAAAUCAGGGGCAGGGGCGAGGGGUUUCAAGAAUGCAAAGCCGUGGCGGCUGGCUGCCCGCCAGAUUCGUGUUCUCCCUUCUCUAGUGAGCAGCGAUGUCCGGAGCAUCUGGCCUGCCAGGCCCAACUGCGUGUCUCAGCACACGGCAUAACCGGCUGAGCUGAGUGACUGAUUCUCCCCGGUGGGACGCGAACACAGUGAUGGGUCAAAGCUUGCGAGAAGCAGGGGGACCUCACCCGUCUAGGAUUGUGAUGCCUACGGCACGGAGGACGCACUAGACGCAAGGAGUCUGGGCGGGACCGGGAGGAAACUCCAUGUAUGAGAACCCCCUCGUGGGAGGGCGGGCUGAGCAGACUUAGGAGCGGGUGCCACGGAAGGAAUGUGAGUUGGUAGC